ACAAAACGUAACUUCAGUCUGAUUUCAGUCGUAUAAAGAUCCUCAUAAACUCAGGAUUUGUUGUCAAGCAGGAGGAAAUGUCACUGACAGAAUGUAAAGUUUCCCCUGUUUUUGUUUCAGCUGCUCAGCGGCAGAAAAAGGCCCAGUCAUGCUUCCUGUUGGCCUCUGGUCAGACUGGUUUGACUUCUUGGUGAGCUUUUGUUUGUUGUGGGAUUAAAAUCCUCCUCAGAGCCUCAGAGGCUCCUGACUCUGAAACUAAAGCUGAGACAAACGAUCCCACCUGAAGGAAACAAAUUCCAGCUUCCUCUAACCAGAGCCGAGACAUUGUCAUAACCCUCCGCGUCUCUGACGCAUCACUUCCUGUUAGACGGUCAGGCGGGACGGAGGUCAAGGUGUGAACUUUCCAUGAUGUCCCAGAACUGUUACAAAAUCUCAAAUCAGUAAAAAUCACUUUGCAAAGACUGAAUUUGACCAACCUGCUGGGUUUUUCAUGUCAGAGGUUCUGAUUGCCACCAGGUUUCUGGUUCAGAUGCAGAGUCAGGCAUGCAGGGAGGAACCGGGCCGUCAGCUGGAGGUACGGCCCGUCCGUCCGGUACCGGUCCUGCCACUGACACUCAGGUAUGACAGAAAUGUAAGGCGUGCUUUCAGUGAAUAACAAUGAUACUUCAGACCAGAGCAGAGUUUUCUGGAGCGACCGGCUCUGGGUCCUGUCACUCCACCAGCAGACACCCAGCCGUCCGCACCGGCGCCGCCGGCCCAAACAUGGAGGAGGGAAAGUGUACCGGCUUCUUCAUCGGCCUGGCCAUCUUCCUGGACGUGGUCGGCCUCCUGCUGCUCCUCAUCGGCAUCUUCGCUCCGCUGCCCUACUGGGAUUUCUUCGUCCUGUCCGGGCCGCUGCUCAUCUUCCUCAGCCUGGCUCUGUGGAUAUUCUGGUACCUGGGGAACCUCACCGUCUCUGAGGAGGAGCUCAACCUCCGAAAGCUGGACAUCCUGUGACCUCCCUGGCCUGGACGAGGGCAGAUCGGGUUGGAUUGGAUCGGGUCGGAUUGGAUCGGGUCGGAUUGGAUCGGAUCGGAUCGGAUCGGAUCGGGUCGGGUCGGGUCGGGUCUGAGGCGUCAACAUGAGGAGAGAAUGGACGGAUCCACAUGAAGCAGCCUGGAAAUCAGGAUUGAUCUCUCUGGAGCCUGACUGAAGAGAUUAAACCUGAACUCUUGUUUCUGGACCAGGAACCAGAACCAGCGGCCCGUCCAACUGGACCUCUGUGAAACAGCUUCUACUGAGCUUUUAUCAGCUGGACGCUUUAAAGAACUGAGCCUGGUUGUGUUUCUGAUCCACAUGUUGUCAGUUUGGGUUUAAAUUUCAGCAAGUCUUUGCACAUUUGAAGGACAAUAAUCUGAAAUGAGCGACUAAAAGUGCUUUUAAAUGACUUGUGUGUGUUUUCUGUGUGACGCCAUUUCUCUGACCCAAACCAGCCGGACUGGAUCUGCUGGUCGCUUUGUUCAGCUAAUUUUAGCAGCAACAUCAAACCACAGAAAGCGUUUCCAUCUACACUGCAAAACAACGUUUCACCAAGUGCUUUUACUGUAAAUGUCUUCAAACAUUUAAAAUGAGACAAAACUAACUUACAAGCUUUCAGCAAAAUAUAGAAGCUUGUUGUAAUUAUUACCUUAUUGAUUAAUUAAUUACUAAUUAAAUACUAAUUAAUUAAUAAGUUCUGGUUAUAAGUGAGAUAAUCUGCCGGUGGAGCGAAUCGUUCCUCCCAGGUUAUAAUUCAGAAUAAUGAAAUCAUCUUUGACUUGGUUAUUAUUUUAGGAAGGUGGCAAUGUUAUAAUUUAUAUUAUAUAAUAACUUAAAAUGUGUGAAAAAUGUUUUGUUCGUCUGGCAGAUUAUUAAAGGAAUUAAACAAGC